AUGCCAACGCUGCCAGGCCAUCAACGUAACGUAUCACAAGGACAACAUUUGAUCGUUGAUCCCAACGAUUCUGGAGACGAAGACGAUGCUGAGCGCGGGCGAGCAGGAGUAUUUCCUGGCGGAAGUCCUAUUCAUUUAAAUCCAUCGACACAAUACCGACCGCAAGCGAAUAAGCCAAAAGGUCUCUGCAGUGAUCCACAUAUUCGAUCGAACAUCAAAGUUAUAUUAGGCUCAAUAGUGCUCACAAUAGUCGGGACAAUUUUGCUUGUUCUCGGAACUAUUGUAAUGUUUCGUCCAGACGAAGGACCGCAAGGAUGGGUAUUUUUGUUUGCGGGCUUCCUUUGCUUUGUACCUGGCUCGUACCAUGUAUACUAUAUUAUAUGUACACUUUGUGGUCGUCCAGGAUACUCGUUCGAUAGGUUGCCUACUUUCAACCGAUGA